AUGGAAGAGUGUGGGGCCACUGGGAGGGUCCUGGGACUGAAGGUCCUGCCCCACUUGCAUGCUCCUUCCUCGCUGCAGCUCCACCUUCCUCAGGAGGAAAGUAGCCCUUCUGCUGUUUCUUCCCCUCUUGCUGGAGCAGACGUUGGCAGCGCCACGCAAGAGAGUCAGACAAGAGAUGAAACCUUCAAGGAAUGUGAAUACGGACAUGUCUUUCUUGCAGAGAAACCAGGAAUUUGCCCGAGAGAGAGAGUCACCUGUAAUGCUAAAGUUCCAGACUUGUGCCAAGAGGAUUUCACCUGUGAUGGACACAGGAAGUGCUGCCAUUUUGCCUGUGGGAAGAAGUGCAUGGAUCCUUAUGAAGAACCCUGCAUGCUAGCCGUAGAUCCAGGAAAAUGCAAGACUGUUAAUAAACGCUGGUAUUUUGACUUAAGACAUCAUUCUUGCAAAUACUUUAAUUAUGGAGGCUGCAAUGGGAAUGCUAACAACUUCCUCAGCUGGGAAGACUGCAUGACGGCUUGCUCAUUAAUUGUGAAGGACGGAGAGUGCCCAGUCUUUCCUUCCAUGUUCCGUGUGGAAUGUUCGGCUUCAUGUAGGAGUGACAUUGAUUGCCCUGAAAAGGAAAAAUGUUGUGAGUCCAUGUGUGGCUUUGUUUGUUCCAGGGCCUGGGCAGUCAAAUCAGGUUUCUGCCCAGAGAAGCCCUUGUUGUGUCUAAAGAUCGACAAGCCCAAGUGCCUGCAGGAUGAGGAUUGCCCUUUGGGAGAGAAGUGCUGCUCACGCUGUGGGCUGAAGUGCCUGGAACCUGACACGACUAUAUAG